AUGUUUGACCCUCAAGGCGAUAUUCUGCUGGUACUCAACAGAAGCAUCACCGCAUCUGGCGUCGACCGUGGUUUCAGAAAAAGUCCCACCAAGAAACUCGGAGAUGGUGCGGAUGCGCAGCUUGAGACUUUCACAAAGCAGCCUGAUGGCACUUCUGCUGCAGGGACUUCGGCGUCCCAUGAAUAUCAGGAGAUCGAGGCUAGAGUGUCCUCGAAACAUCUGACGCUGGCGUCAAGAGUGUUUCGUGCCAUGUUCGAUGGCAACUUUCAGGAGAGAAUCGAGCCGGGGCUUGAGAAGUUGACAAGAAUACCGUUGCCUAAGGACGAUGCCGAUGCUAUGUUGAUUUUACUUGGUAUCAUACAUGGCUUGAAUAGAAACGUCCCGCGAGAAAUCGGCUACACAUUGUUUUCUGAGAUUGUUCUUCUGGUUGACAAGUACGAGCUCCAUGAAGUUACAUGUGUGUGGACAGAUCUCUGGUUCGAUAGCCAAUGGCCCGCCAGAGACAAGUCAUUUCCAGGUCUCACCGAUUGGAUCUACAUUUGUUGGGUUCUCAGAAGAAUAUCCGAAUACAAAGAUUUGACCAGGACAGUCAUUUAUAAUUGUACGUCUCGCUUUGAGGAUAAUGGACUCCAAAUACCACCCGCAAUUGCCAGCGAGAUCGAAUCUCAGCGACUAUCGAUUAUCGAAGACAUGCUCAAAUACAUUAACAACACGAUUGAAAGUUAUGAAAGUGGAGAGCAGCAUUGCCUCCGAAGCCCAGGAUGUGAUGCUCUGGUCCUCGGUGACCUUAUCAAAAAGCUGAAGCUGAAGAGUCUCUACCCUGUCCCUCAAGCCGCUGCCCUGGACAUAUCCAUUGCAGAACUUUUCUCUCGACUAGGGGCAUUGGAAUUAUUCUCAUUGUGUCAGAUGUAUCUUCCAGAACCAAGAGCGUCGUUCGGUUCUCCCACUCCGCCGCCAGAUCUCCCAGCUUGCGGCAUUGGUCAGGGUCUCAAAGGCGAAACCUCACGACUCGGAACCGGAAUUAAGGGUCUGGAACUAUUGUCCUCGCCGCGUUGA